GAAAAUGAAACAACAUGGCGGCUGCCGAAGGAGUGAGAAAAUCCCGUUUUGAAUAAAGAAGUAGUUUUCUGCCUUUGCUCCGCUAUGUAUUAUUACCAUAUUGCUUUUCCUACUCCUUGCAAAGACUGCAAAGGUGUGAGCGAGCUGUGCUUAAUUGCGCUGUGCAAAAGCUCGAACAUUUUGCUUUAUAGUCAUAAAUUUAUAACUGACUUUUUACUUUUUAGGAAGCGAUAAUUUCUUCCCGGACUUAUUCACAAAGCUAUGGAAACAGCUCAUCUUACAGUUGCCAGAAUCGUGCAGUGAUGAACACUUCAAUUCAAAUUGUUAGUGCAAUGUAUUAAUUAUAAAUAAAAGAUUUGUUUUCUGAAAUUUAUGAAAAACAUGCAGCUAUAUUAAAAAUCUUUGUUCAUCUAUUUUAGCUUUACCUGUACCAUUGUGGGGAGAAAGCAAGAAUUUAUUUCAGUUGCUUCCAGUUCUUCGGCAGUCGGUGAGAUUUUGCAAGCACAGGCUAACUAGUGUCAAGAGUAUCAGUACCGGUACACAAGUUCAGACUUGUCCAUCAGAGUCAGGCUAAUGCCUUGUAUUUUGUAGAGUAACGAACAAAUUCCUGGCAAGGAAUGGUUUAACUUUGCUGAAUUUAUGCACCAUGACCUGUUCUUGGAAACCUUGUUGAACGAGUUAGAUAAUGUCAAGUAAUUAUGAUUUAUACCAAUCAAAUAUUUAAAACAUUAAUUCAACUUUAUGAUUUUUUCCUACAAUUUGCAAUUUUUUUAUUAUUUUGUAAGUUGGAAUGAGUUGGAUUAUGCGGAGAUAAUUGCUGAACAAUUACACAACAAUGCUGAUUCAAUAACAGAUAAGCGUAAGUUUCUUGUUUUUAAACCCUUGUGAAAAUCUUCAGACUUUGCUGAUUGGGGCAAAACAUGUUGAUAUUGCUUUGUCCAUUACUGAUAUUGCUUGGUCAGGUCAAUGUGAUUGUCACUAACAUGGACUUCAUUUCCUAGUUAAUUUUAUGAAUAUUUACUGGCUAACAUGUGGACAUGCUCAAUGUAUUGAGUCCAGGUAAUAACUGGUCAUGUGUGGCAUAUAUUACCCAAAAUAACACAUUAGUGCUGGGAUUAGGAUUAAGGUUAGGAUUAAAGUUAGGAUUAAGGAUAGGAUUAGUGCUGGGAUUAGGAUUAAGGAUAGGAUUAGUGCUGGGAUUAGGAUUAAGGAUAGGAUUAGUGCUGGGAUUAGGAUUAAGGAAGGAUUAAGUCACUAAGGUUAGGAUAUUGUAGGACAUUGAGUUCCAAACUUGUACUAAACGGCAACUCUGUAUCUACUGCAGUGAUAAUACAGCUAUCCAUGGAGCUUUGAAACGACUUCAGAGAUGGAACACGGCUUUGAUCACCUUCGUUUGUGAUUCAGAUAUCUUGUGGUAAAAUAUGACAUUUUUAACAAAUUACUUUCACACAUUGUAUAUAUUGUCCAACGAAAAAUUAUAGUAAAUUUAAUACUAGCUAAUAUUUCUAUUGAUUUGUAAUGAUAUAGUGAAAGAGACUUCACAGAUUCAUGGUUUCAGAUACAAAAUAUAUAUGUGGUAACCCAGGAUGAGAAAUUGUUACAAGAUAACAAUAUUGUCUGGCAGGGGUCUUUAGAAUGCCUUCAGAAUGAUAAGGUACAGAAUACGAGUGCUGCUUUACUUGCAUUCACAAGAUUGAAUGCCAAACUCUUGUCUUGGGGGAUUCACAGUUCACAAAGUCGAAUAAUUGUUUCAAUAUAGAAUGAAGAAAAUUAUGAUUGGCAUCUUUCAAGAAUGAUGUGUAAAUCAGCUCAAUCAUCUGAAGCCAGUUUAUCAAACAGGUACUGAGGUUGGCUGCCACUGUGAACAGCUGUACUCCACUCAUAACUUGGUUAAUAAAUGAAAUACAGUACGUGUUCACUGCUGUUAAUGUUUUACAGUAAGGAAGACAGGAUUUCAGAUCAUCAAGUACUUGCUGACAACAUUAAAGUCAUUUGUGAAUUACCUAAAAGUGCAGUGCCAUUUUGGAAGAUAUUUCCUUCUCAGUUUGUGUUGUAUCCUCUAAGUACGGAUUGAUAUAACGGUCGUAUCUCAAGAUCGACUACCUCUACUGUAUUUCCAAUUUUAUUCCAACAACGAUAUUUAAUCAUCUGUCUUCUUUUCCACCUUUUGCUUCAAUUUCUCCACGCGAGACGCUUUCUAACGUUUGCGAACCAACUUCUAUAAAAAGUAGUUGUCGUUACAAAUUUAACACAUUCAGAUACCACAACAGUUUACUAAAGCGGGUGUUUCAACUCCAGGAGACAUCGGGUUUAGAUUUUGAAACAUUGAGUGAGAACAAGGUACGUGCUUUGCCUUUAUUCGAUGUUUCAAUAAUUCAUCCAAUACGUUACCAUAGGUUUGACUGGUACAACUAGUUAUCAUAUACCUCGACGUUUUCUGUUAAAGGAUACUCUACUAUUGUCAUCAAUAGCAAUUUGUGCUAGGAAACAUCAAGUGAGAACUACUAAAGAUUGGAUGGAGUUUAUAACUAGCGAGUCCAACACAUCAGACCAUGGUAAUUGCGUUUUAUUCUUCUAUCAAACCAAGGCUAGUUCGUAUUGGUAAUUUUGCAUUCAUACUAAGUCUAAGGUUUAAAACAAGUUGAUAAAACGAACGUCAUUUUUAUUUAGACAAAAUGCAAACAAAAUUUCCCGUGAUUGAGACACACCAUCUUGUUUCGUACCCAGUGGAACCUGGAAUAUUUCUUGCUUAUUUCAUUCGACCUGAAGAUUCUUUUAUCAACCUACAUUCCUCACUUGCUAUUUACCAAGCAAUAUUUCCUUGUGCGGAAAAAGGUAAGCGAACUAUCUUCACAAUAGCAGGAAAGUUGACGUUCAUCUGUGGCUUUGGAACUGCAACCAGAAAGAGAGUUAUUGAUUCCCCUCAGAGACACUUUUACAAGCGUCUGUUAAAACCUGCGAUGGACGUAAAACAGUCCAUCGGUUAGUUUUAGCAGAAGCUUGUACUCGUUUAUUACGAGGAGACAGAACUGGAGAGUUGUAACUUGAAGUCAAAAACACAUAGUCAUCAUGUUUUCCUUUUAUCUCUAAAGAGAAAGCCACGUUGUACGAAGAUACCGAGGAGCGAAGAUGGCUACAAUUACUUGAUGCGAUUGAAAGGUGUGAUAAAAUAUUUCAUGUCAGAAAGAUAGCUAGAUAGAUCAUUGACCAUCCACCAGCCUUGCAAUCUAUUGUAAGAAAUUCAUAUCAAUUUCGUUGUUUGUGUAUAGUUCACAAAAAAGUCCACUAAAGAGUCAGUUCUCCUUGGCAGGUAAUGUUCCCCUGUUUUUAAUUUACACCUCUUAGAUUCAACACUCCACCCGUUCAUUAAACAGUACAUUACGUCUUUGUUAGUGCAUUUGGAUGCUUCCGAGAUGUUGAAACACUUUACAAAAGAUGGCAAACCAAUGAAAAAAAACCUGAAGUCACUUUUAAAACAGGUACAAGCCUACAUAGCAACGCUCGUCUUUCACACCAAUAGUUUCAAUAGUCUGUGGUCUCGACUAUCGCCAGAAAUAUCACCGCGCUGUUCUUAAAAUGUAUAAAUUGAUAACUCUACCCUUUAAGAUCGAAGAAAAGCGAAAGAUAUCACCAAGUAAACAGACAGGUAUUUAAAUAUUAACCAGUUAACUUUUGUAAUACAAAUAAUUAGUUCACGCGGUGAGUAAUAAAACAGUAAUAUGAGAUUUUUUAUGCAGAAAUUGAAAAACGUCAUGAAACGGUUGCUGGAGUGGAGUAAGUGAAUGUGUUGAUAUAAAUGUAGAAUGUCAGAGUUCUAAGUAAAUGAGACGCAAGACGAGCCUAUAUUUCCCUUGCAGAUACUGUUUAGACAAAAUCUCAGCCGUGAGCUCCUCAGCCAAACUUCUUCCAAAACAUGAAACACUGUCGAUAUGUAAUACUCCCAAGACACUGGCGAAAGCAAAGUUGCAGGAUGUGAAACGUAAGGCAUCAAAGACCACAGACGAUGGAACAAGUGAUGCAUCAAGGUCUCACACAUUAGAACAAUUAGAACAAACGAGAAAGAAAAGGUAAGAACGAAUGUCCUUGCGUCCAGGCCUGGGAAUAUUCUGAGAGCUCCGACUUGUUUUUGUUCAGGCCAGAAAAUCGUGAAAGAUCAAAUGAGCAAAGAAAUAAAGAAUCGGUGGUCAAACCAGAUCCCUCGGCAGAAGGGUCUAAGAAAAAACGAAGAUCAUUUGAUGGCAACGAAACAGCAACAGGUAAGAACAUACCAUCUUGACAUUCUCUUGCUUUUCACACGAUAGACCUGUUCAUCCCUUCUUGGCUUCCUCUAUGUGCAAACAGAAUGAUACCUGACUGUAACAUAUAUAUAAACAGACAUGUUAUUUUUUUACAGAUACAAAUACGAAGGAGAAACGAUCAGACAGACAUAAAAGAGUAAGCAUUAAUCAUAAGUUGCUAAAAAUUCACAGUUAAGUAGUACGUUAAAUAUUCCAUGUAUGCAUGUUACUGAAUCUAAUCUGUUCAAUUUUUGAAUCUGUUUGUUUUCUUAUCCGGCAGCGUUUAGCUCGAGUUGUAAAAAGAGCGUUGAUCAAAUAUGGAGUAGAUCCGGCGGAAGAAUAUUUUACAACUUGUUCAGAAAGACUUUAUUACCUUUGCAAGAGCUUUCUCAAGGUAGUCACUAUUCAGAAAUACAAAUGUUUAAUGGACCACUAGGAAACAACGGUAUAAAUCUCAAGAUAUUCAGGCAAAGACAGCAAUACCUAUAUUUCUCCACUUCUAAUGGAAUGCUUUUUCUAAAAUUCUAAUACAUACCUGUUAAACAAGAUCAAACAAGGAAACAAGCUCCUCCCGUGACUUUUCAUAUAUUUACCAAGCAUACCGCACGAUCUAGCGUACCCGCGAUGCUUGUAUAUUUCCGUAGGCGAACACUAACAAUACUUCAUUUUAUUUAGGAUCUUAAGACAUCAGAAGGCCUCAACAAUGAAAUGAAAAGACUGGCUGAGUUAAAUGUUGCAACGGUAAAUAAUAUUGGAUUAUUAUGGAUUCUUUAGAGGUUUCAAUAAUGGAUAUAGCUUUCUAUACAAUAAACUAUUUUACCUUCUCUGGACAUGCUUUCACCAUAUUUUCAGGCAGACCAAAACCACGACUGCUUCUUUAGCCUAAUGUUUGUAAAGACUGGUUUACAUUAUCACGUUUCUGUGAUCACAGUAGGAAUUGUGCAUGGGUAAAUUCUAAGUUUUGAAGGAUUUGUAAGAAAUGUUUGAGGGAACUGAUUCAGUGUUAAAUAUUUCUUACAAAUCCUUCAAAACGCAGGAUUUACCUCUGAAAAUCUUUACUUAGGAAAAUCCCUGAACAUCAAAUUUAAGAUUUUUGACGAAAUAUUUGGAUUCAGUAAAUACUUUUCUAGGUUGUCGAGUUUGAAAAGCGGCAGCAUGUUAGCAGAGCUGGCGAGAAACCACAGAGCAAUACAACGACAAAUUCCUAGAUUUAUUGUUUUAUAGGAACUAUGUAAAUUCUAUACAAAACUAGCUAUUAAUAUUACAACUACCUAUAAAUAUUUACCUACAGUAACAGGUAUAUAAUUUAUUAUUUACGUUUUGAGAAAUUCUCAAAGACACAGUGAUUCUCAAAGAUACUAUGUUGUAUAUCACUGUAGAUGUGAUGGUGUAAUAUACACCUAUAUAUAAUGUUUAUUGAAUUCAUUAUGGAUGUACAGUAGUGCGUUUUUAAAAGUGUGGAGUAGCGAUUGACGGAUCGUGCCACGAUCGGAAAUUGCCGAUUAAUGAUUGUUCCAAGUCGGGCCAAUUUCGAUCCCGAUGUUGAAACCAAUUGAACCAUGACGUCAUUCAUUUUGCGCGUACAUUGGCAUGAACUUUAAAUGGCUUUUGUGCCCAAAAAAACCUAGUAAAAGGCCAUCAUUUAACGCAUCACUUAUACAAUUUUAUCACCACAGACAAUAAAUUUCAACCCAGUAAGCAGUUCGUGGCUUUGCAAAGAAACCUCAACAUGCUGUAGCUUGGCAAAUUUACUGUCUCUAAAGAGUUGUUUCCAAAAAUAAUCGGUUGUAUACCAUUGGAAAAUGCAGGAACUUUAGCAAUUCCGAUGAUCGAUCAGUCGCUGUGUGGAUGAUAUUAAAGAAUAAGGUUUACAUUAAAUUAUGAAUACGAGGCGUAUUUAGAAGUGGUAAGAUUGCACACCAACUGAAACUGUUCUUGCACACCAACUCAAAACCAACUUCAGCUAAAAUUCAUUUUGUUUCAUUUGUCAUUUCCCCAUUGGGGCUAUACAAGUUCUGUUUAUAUUGUGUUCACUGCAAAAAUCAUUUCCUUCUAAAAAUAUACGUAUGAAAAUACUUCUCUUUUUGCCGAUGUUGGCGUAUUUUCCCGAGAGCGAAUCCUACCUGCAUACAUGGAUCACAUCUCUGCUCCACUGCACGCGACGUCACACAACGUGGAAACUAAACAGUCUGUCUAUUUCUUUUCCAAAAACCGCCUAAA